UGUCAAGCCUCAGAUUGUCAGUUAGAUAUUCAAGUAAAUAAUGCUUAAUAAUUAACCGCUUUUAAUGCUUAAUUUACGUGUAUUUAAAACGUUUGUUAUUAUUUUAACCAAACUCUGUAUGAGAUAUUAAUAAACAUGGGAGAAAGGUACAACAUUCAUAGCCAGCUUGAACAUCUUCAAAGCAAAUAUAUAGGCACAGGACAUGCCGACACCACGAAGUAUGAAUGGCUGACAAACCAACACCGAGACUCAUGCUGCAGUUAUAUGGGACAUCCAGAUUUAUUAAGCUACUUUGCUAUUGUUGAAAAUGAAUCAAAAGCACGCGUGAAGUUUAAUUUAAUGGAGAAAAUGUUACAACCCUGUGGACCACCACCUGAAAAACCAGAGGAUUAAAUGUUCCUUUCAUUUAUUUAGUGAAUUUAAAUUUGUGGCUUUUUUAAAUUCAAACCUAAGUAUUAAAUUUUUCAAAAUAAUGUUUGUUUUUUUCAUUAUAUAUUUUAGUUUCAAUUUGAAAUUGGCUGAAAUAACCGAGCAAUUGUACAUUAAAUAUGUAUUCGAAAGGAGUAUGGCAGUUCUCAUGACAUUUUACACUUGAAAUUAGUCUUGAUAAUUAAGAAA